GAGGAAGCCUCUCUUCUCUUCUUCCUCCAACCUCUCUUCCUUCUCUUCUCUGGACCACACUUGGUUUUCUGCAAACAUACAAACUCUAAUAAGCCUCUGUUCCUUUCUCUCUCCCACCAUAGCGCUUACUCUUUUGUGUGAGAGUGUGUGUGAGGAGAUAUUAUAUUGCAGGACAUUAAGUUAUCUUCAGCUAGAAGGCAUUUUCCUCUCCCUUGUGAUCAUACCAUAUAUACCUUCUCUCUCCCCUGCCUAUCUGCGAAGCCCUCGGGGUUGUUGGGGCGGUCAGGGAUGAGUAAGGAGGAGGUCCUCAAGAUACAGACCUGUGUGCUGAAAGUGAACAUCCACUGCGAUGGGUGCCAGAAGAAGGUCAAGAAGAUCCUCCACAAGAUCGAAGGUGUGUACCAGUCCAGCAUCGACCCGGAGCAGGGCAAGGUGACGGUGUCCGGCAUGGUGGAUCCGGACACCAUCAUCAGGAAGCUCAACAAGGCUGGCAAGCCGGCCGAGCUGUGGGGCUCCUCCAAGGCUGUCAUGGCCAACCAGUUCCAGAAGAUGAACCUUGACGGUGGUGGUGGUGGUGGUAAAGGGCAGCCCAAGGACGCCGGUGGCAAGGGCCAAUCCAAGGACGCCGGCGGUGGCAAAGGACAGAAGGGUGGAGGCGGAGGCGGAGGCGGUGGUGGAGGUGGCGGUGGGGGUGGCGGCGGCAAGGACGCGAAAAUGAUGAUGCCGCAGCCCACGGCGCAGCAGAUGCAGGGGCUCCAGCAGCUGCAGCAGCAGAUGCAGAUGAAGGGGCUGAAGAUGCCGCCGUUCAUGGAGGGCAAGAUGCCGCCGUUCAUGGAGGCAGGGAAGAUGCCGCCGUUCGCGGGGGGCGCGCCGGCGCCGGCCAAGGACCCCAAGUCCGUCAAGUUCAGCCUCCCCGAGGACGAGUUCGGGGACGAGGGCAGCGAGUUCGACGACGAGUUCGACGAGUUCGAUGACGAGGACGACUUCGACGACGACGGGCUGGACGACGAGUUCUACGACGAGGACCCCAAGGCGAUGCUGAAGCAGGUGGCCAUGCCGCCGGGCGGCGGCGGGGGCGACAAGAAGGGCGCCGGCGGCAAUGGCGGAGGCAAGAAGGGCGGGAACGAGAUCCCCGUGCAGGUCAAGGGCGGCGGCAACAACGGCGGUGGCGGUGGCAAGAAGGACGCGGGCGGCAAACAGAACCAGAACCAGGGUGGCGGAGGCGGAGGCAAGAACGGGGGCGGUGGGCAGCCCAACAACGCCAAGGGAGGAGGAGCAGGCGCCCCGGGCGGUGGUAACGGCCAGCCGGGGAAGAAGGGCGGCGGUGGCCCCGGUCUGGGUGUCGGUGGCCCGAUGGGUGGCGGCAUGCCGCCGCAGCAGCAGGCCAUGAUGAGGCCUCCUAACAUGAUGGGCGGUGGCGGCUUUCCUGGCGGGAUGGGCCCGAUGGGCGGCGGGCCCAUGGGCCACCAUCCUCACGUGGGGGGCGGCCACGGCGGGGGCGGUGCCGCGCAUGGCAUGCCGGCCGGCGGCAUGCCUCCAGCUGGGUUCUUCCAGGGCGGCGCGGGCGGAGGCGGUGUCGGCGGCAUGCCGGCCAGUCCUGCCGAGAUGCUGCAGGCCGCCGCGGCGGCCGGGAACCCGAUGGCGCAGCAGCAGUACAUGCAGAUGAUGCAGCAGCAACAAAUGAUGCAGCAACAACAACAACAGCAGAUGAUGAUGAUGAACGGGCACGGGCACCAUGGCGUCGGCGGUGGCGCGCCGGCGGGGUACCCGCCGAUGGGGUACGGGUACAUGCGGCCGCCGAUGCCGUAUCCGAUGGCGUACCCGAUGCAGGCGCACCCGCACGCGGACCCUUACAACUACUUCAGCGACGAGAACCCCAACAGCUGCUCGGUGAUGUGAGGGAAGAGACGGAUCGAGGCUGCCGCCGCCGCUGUCAGUGGCUGCUUUCCUCGAUCCCUCUUUCUCACCGCAGCCGCAUUGUUCAAAGUAAACCAACCGGAAGGAAGCAAGUCUCAGGUGAUCGUCUAUCAGUCAGUCAGUCAGUGAGUCCGUCAGUCAGUAUACAUGGGAAACGAGUCCCAUCUCAUCUUAGCUCGCUCCUUACUUAGCUUAUUUUCAUUUUCUGAAAAACAAAAAUGAACAAGUCGGAACUUCCUUGAAGGCGAAGGUAGGUAUAGUAAUUAUCUAUAGUUGUCAUAAGACAUGG